UUCGUCUCUUCUCUGCAGUAGAACCUUACUUGUUCCUCAGUCCAGCGCUGUACAGUCUUCCCGUGCCGGUAUCUUUAGUGUCUGCAGUCUCUUAGUCAUCCUCUGUACUGUCUUCAAUCUCUAGUCAUCCCCUGUACGGUCUGCAGUCUCUGGUCAUUCCCCUGUACUGUCUCCAUUUUCUGGUCAUCUCCUGUACUGUCCACAGUCUCUGGUCAUCUCCUUUACUGUGUCCGCAGUCUCUGGUCAUCUCCUGUACUAUGUCCGCAGUCUCUGGUCAUCCCCUAUACUGUCCGCAGUCUCUGGUCAUCCACUGUACUCUCCGCAGUCUCUGGUCAUCCCUUGUACUCUCUGCAGUCUCUGGUCAUCUCCUGUACUUUCCGCAGUCUCUUGGUCAUCCCCUGUGCUGUCCACAGUCUCUGGUCAUCUCCUGUAGUAUGUCCGCAGUCUCUUGGUCAUCCCCUGUACUGUGUCCGCAGUCUCUUGGUCAUCCCUUAUACUAUCCGCAGUCUCUGGUCAUCCCCUGUACUGUUAGCAGUCUCUUGGUCAUCCCCUGUACUGUCUGCAGUCUCUGGUCAUCCCCU